CAGAUUUCGAACGAUACAGAGUAAAUUUAUUAACUUGAUUGUGUAUACCGUGUUCCAAUUUGAGUUUCGCUACACUAUCUUCUGUGAAUAACUGUUCCUGAAUGCAGAAUGACGGCUGUGCUAUACGGCGCUCCCGACGUGGUGUGGUAUGAACCUGGGGCUAUUUCGGUUGCGACUUCGGGGCUAAUCGCAUUGACAACUGGAGCAAGUGUUUUGUUUGCAAUAUUGGAUGAUGGUGCACCGGCUCGGAAUAAUGUUCAGGAAAAAGGGGCAAAUUUUGAUACUAUGGAACGAAAAGCAGCUAGUGAAGAUAGGGAACAAGCUUCAUCCAUGCGUUCGAAUAGUGUUAGCGGAAGAGCCAGGCUGGUGUUUCUGAAAAAACUCAAUGUUCAUCCAGAAAAAUGUCGCGCAGUGCAGUUUUCACCAGAGAAACUUCCUAGCCGGGAGCGGGUUGCCCUCCUCCUAGAACCUUCAACUGUAAAGGUGAUUGAUUAUCCAACGAUGGAGGUAAUCUGGAAUGAGGAGUUCCCAUCAACUGCGCCGAUUAAAGCAAUACGUUUCCUAAAUGAUCGACCACAGUGUUUGGCCCUGGGAUUUGCGUCGGCUGAUCUGAUCGUUGUAAAUUUGGCCAACAAAAAAGUACAGAAAAGCGGACGUCUUCUAGUGAAAAACGUGCAGGAGGAACUUCAGGAUAUGGACGUUUCUAAUGGACAAGCAGUAUUGGGCUGUUCGAAAGGCACAGCCGCCGUUGUCGAUCUCCACACGUGGAAGGUGUUAGUUAAAUGCAAGGUAUCAGGCCAAAUUCGUGCAGUUAAAUGGAACCCUACCGGUGAUGUCGCCGCUGUAAUGGCCGUAGGAGAAAAGGGCCCGUUAUUCAUUAGCGAUACCAGCCAACAGGCUAAUUCCUACAUUGUUCCUCUGUGUGGCAAAGCGACUCGUGUGCCGUACACUGAUAAGGCUCUACAAAGUGUUAGUGUGUGCUGGAUAGAGGAUAAAAUAGUCGUGUCGGUCCCGUCCGGAACACUGUGUUUCGGCAAAUUCAAAGGAAAGAAUACUAAGCUCGAGCCGAUACAUCAAGAGCUCCUGUCGAAAUCUAUUUGCGCCCUCUGCCCGGUCGCGCCAAACAUUGUCCUCACAAGUGGAAUUGAUCGUGUAUUAGCCUUAUGGGACCUUACCGCCGAGCGCCAAACUCUUCUUCGUUGCCAUGCAGGAUUGGCGGGAUUCGUAUACAACAUGGCCUUUCAUCCAGCCGGUACUGGUGUCCUAGGAAUCGCGACCGGCAACGGAAGCGUGUUACUCGCGAAAACCGACCAAGGUACUUUGGAACAGGUCGGGAAACAUUUACAAUUGCGUUCACGCGUUUACAGUAUUGCCUGGCACCCGACAAAUGAAAUGCAGUUGGCUGUGGGUACUCAGGAUGGAGAGGUACUAGUGUUCGAUGUGUCCCCACACAAGACAAACGUAUCUCGUUUUCGGACAAAUAAACGCGUUGGAGUCGGCUCAAUAGUGUUUGCCUCACUGCCUUUGGUCAGCGAAUGGCCGCUUCUCUUGGCAACCGAUGGAACUCAUGCGUAUUUCUCGAAGGAGAAAGAAGAGGUCCUGCGCAAGUUCAAUUCCAUGGUCCCGGGUAUUGAAAACCACAAGAUAGGGUGUGUGUCUCACGUUCCGCAAAAAAAUUUGAUUUUGUUCGGGACUUAUCAGGGAAAGCUUAUUGCUCUCGACUCGUCUUCGUUACGAAUUGCGGCGGAAACUCGCAUAGAAAAGCACGCCGUCACUGGGUUGGCUGUGUCUCCAUGUGGCAAGAAGGUAGCAGCUGUAUUUAGUACCAGCUAUUUUACUCUGUUUGACACGGAUCAGCUAUGUAGCCGGUUUGGCGAUGGCCAGCCCUCUCAACCGGUUGAGCCCAAGUACCGAAUAACUGACCAUUCCUGCACAGCGUUCUGUUGGAAUCCAUAUGACGAAAAUGUGUUCGCAAUCGGUGGAAACAAGGGAGAAGUUAAGUUGUGGAAUCUACGUUCUGGCAGUUUACAACGCGUGUUUCAUGGUGUAGCCGGAAAUAAGACAAUUCUUGCUAUGUGCUGGAGUCCCAUUGCAGAAAAUCGAGUGUAUCUUGGGACCAAUGGCAACACAUUAUACCAACUCGAUAUGGACGAAUGCGAAGAUAAAGAGUCUACCAAUUGUUCUACUGAAGUAGACUUAAUUGCUCAUAAAAUUGCGUCAACUCGCUCAGGUUCAGCUAAAAGCUCGAAAAAGGCGUCACUAUUUUCAUCGUCGAGUAAUUCUGAAAACAUACCUAAGGCGGAGGCAUUGGAAGACCUAUUGGUGCUACUGAGUUGCGAGGAAAACGGUAACUUCUCGCCUCUCAAGAACAAGCCCCAUAUGGGUUUUUUCCAUACAGAUCUUAUUCAGAAUACAUUAACUAACGAGGCGGAACAGCAUUGCGUGAAAAUGAACAACGAUCUGGCUCUUCAAGUUCUAUUAACAGGUGGAAACAUCCGAGAAACAGUGGAGUUUGCAAAAGAACGCAAACAGCUUGACCAGAAACUUGUUACUUUAAGCGUUUUCGUCUCUAAGGAGUACUUCGACGAGACGGUAUCGGCGUUGAUCGAUCAAAAUAAAGAGAGCGAUAUUCUUUCCGUUUUGCCGCUCAUGGUAGCUACCGGUCGCACCGAAGAGCUAUUACAGCUAUUAUGUGCACGAAAUUUCCAUAAGGAAGCGGCCGCAGUUGGGUUAACUACAUUGACAAGAGAUCAUCCUGCCGUUAAGAAUGUAUAUACAUCGUGGGCCUCUCGUUAUAUUGAGGCCGCUCAGUAUGAACGAGCUGCAAGGUGUUAUCUUGCGGCAGAGGAAAAGGAAAAGGUGGUUGACGUUUUGACCCUUUAUCACGACGCUGGAUCAGCAUCGACGGCUGCUAUUUGCGCCAAAAGAUUCGGUCUCCCAAGCGAACUUCUUCUACUGAAGGCUGUUCGUAACCUGUUGGCUUCAGUAGAAAGUUUGCCGUGGCUGUCGAGAUUAGCUGAAGAAUUUAAAGUGACUGCAUUAGAUGGUCUUAGUACACUGGCCCAAGCUGUACGGUCCUUUUAUCAGAAUACGAAGCCGAGCGAAGAAUUAAGUGGAGAACCAUUUCUAGUUCCCGUCGAGUCCCUCGACAAACUCAUCAAACCAUGUCUGCCCUUGUUUACUCAAGAUGAUUUGGAGUUCGUGAACAAGCUCUUGGAAGGUGUCCCGUUGAUUCGCACAACCGAUGAGCUUCAGAUGUUAAUUGUUCUGGAGAUUGCAGCGUCUCUCAUUAGCAAUGGCGCCAUUAGCGAAGAGGCCAAAGUGCGGAUCUCGCAAAGGGUGGCACAGUUCGAUUCGGGAAAGUGUAUGCACUUUGUUAUGGCUAUGCUCUAUAAAGCCUCACCAAACGAGUAGAUGCAUCCAUGUUAGACUAUCGAUUAUCACAUUUUUUUUAAAAUAAAUCUAUUUCAUCUUGUGCACUGUUAAAGUAGAUUAAGGUCUGUCUAAUUUUACUAUGAACCACCAAUGUCGGCAAGAGCAGAACUGAAUGAACAGAAUGCUAAGAUAUUAAGGGCAGGGCCUCAACAUGCACUGCAGCAAUAGGAAUUUAGGAAUGCCAGAGUAAUCUGUUGUGAAAGAAGUCGUGAAGUGAUCUUGCAUUAUGGGGUACGCGUGAUUCUCUCUCUUUCGUCAUGUGACCGUUGUCAAAACCGUCUUUAAAUCACGAUUGAAGCAAAAAGUACUUAAAAUGAAAAAUGUUUUAAAACAUUUUUUGCAUAGAUUUUCAACGUGAUUUGAUCGGCGACGUUUCACUAUUUUUCGGCUAGCAUCAUAGCCCCAUUACUUUAGAACUUCCGUGGUUUCUGAGCGAAAAAUUGUAACUGGUGAUUUUUGCAUAUUAGUUCCAUUAAGGCAGGCCUGCAGAGGCCGAAAAAGAUGAUAGUCUUAUGGGGCAAGAUCCAGUUUAUACGGCGGAUGCACUACAAUUAUGUAACCUCAAAGCCAUCUGACUAACAGAAUAAUCAAUGCUUUUUUCAAUAAUCCAAAAUAAACUUAACUUAGAAACACGUAAUGGUUCGAAUCCGAGCGUACACACUUCGUUUUGUGCAAGGAGGCUGUCACUUGAAGCAACGCCUAAUAGGUUAAGUACCGGGCGUAGAAUUCGAAAUUAUAUGUUGGCUUGUCAAAAAGGUAUUUACCAUUUUUCCGGCUUAGAUGGUCAUUCAAGUCACGUAUAUCAAACUAGUUUUCUGUAUUUUGCAGUUUUAUUAAGAUGAAAGCCCAUAUAUCGCCAGAUUCAUUAAAAAAAAAACUCGUGCUGUCUAUUAUCAAGAUGCGUUUAAACGGUUAAACGUUUUUUGUUCUAAAAGUCUCGAUACGAAAAAAUGCUUUCGUUACGGAAAAAUUGAUGAAGUGGUUGCGAAAGUAAAAAAAAAGCUCGACGUUUGGGCGCUACAUGACUUAAGGGCAAAGAACUUAUGAGGUCAUGUUUUAAUCGAAACUGGGUUUUUUUUAAAGCGAUCGAUCUUGGGGUGAUGAAGAGGGAUCGCAUGCAAUUGUAAUGUGCAAAUAAAGAAAAACACGCUCCACAAUCGAUGGCAGAAUGCGGACUACCGCCAAAAAAAGUAAUGCUAUGUCUUCGACGGGAUUAGAAAGAAAUCGACCAUUAUGAGGUGUUUCCGCUUAGAGGAACAAUUGUUUCGAGCCUCUACUGUCAACAAGUAACAAGAUUACAACAAGCCAUUGAAAAAUAUGAACCGUAGUUAGUGAACAGUUAAAACGUCAUCUUGCCCCAUGACAGUGUUAGACCACAUAUAUUUUAUCUAUCUAUAGAUAGAGAGAACUUAGAUAAAAAUUAUAAUGCAUCUGCUGUAAAGUCAAAUCUUGCAUCGUCUGGCACUAUCUGUUUCGAUUUGCGCUGAACGGUGUGGAAUAACGGUUAUAUUAACAGCGAGAUGCAAAAAUUGCUUUUAACACAAUUUUUCGCUCAGAAACAGUAGCGGUUCUACAGUGAUAGGAUUUUCAAAUCCAAGUCCAUCUGUUCACGUUUGCCGGUAGUAGCGAAAACGUUAUACAUACAGGUGAACAACAUAGUGUACCAAUAUCGGAGGGAGUAUAUAGAAUCACUUAGAACACUUCCCGUCAUAUGGAUUAUGCGAAUCUUCUUGAGUUUAUAAAGCUAUGCUAAGAGAUUUGCCAGAUGUCGUAAAGGUGGUACCAGGGGGCAUAAUGUCCAUCACAAUUAGUCGAGAAGUUCUGGAAAGCUCGGUUUCGUGCAAAGUCUAUGGUAGAAUUCAUGUAUGGCAAAGCAAGUGAUGGAAUGUAUGUUUUGUUUAUUUAUACUCGUCGCUUCUUAUCAGAUCCGACACUAAAAGGUCUUCCUCGAUAUAUAGAAAUUCCAAGGUUAGUCUUGAAGAUUUGCAUUACUAGAAGCUAUAGACGACAUAGGUUUUCGGACGACAGUGACAAGUCGACUAGGAUAUAUGCGAGGCGAUUUCGGGUCCCAUGUGUAGGUACGGUGCUCUUGUGAGGAAAAAGCUUUUGAGGCAGAUGUUCUAACUGUUCGAGUUUCUCCACUCUAAGAUUUCCCCAGACGAUACGUUGUAAUGGGAACUACCUUGAGGCCGAAUAAGCUGAAAGUGGUUAAGAGGGAUCAGCGAUGAGGCGACUGGUUCACUCAUGCGACUAACAUUGCCUUCUUGCUUCUUUCAGUGGGGUGCACAGUGAAACUUCUGCCAUUCUCAUAGAAGUGUAACGCUAAAUACGGAAACUUAUAGACAUAGAAAAAAAACGACUUGGGGAUGCAGAAAAUCGUCAAUGCCUUGGCCCCGUCCCCUUUAUACGUCACCGCCUCCGUCUAAAAUGACGUGUGCGCUAUCUAAGUAGUAGCUGUUUGAUUUCAGUUAGCAAGACGGAGAGUAGCUCAUAUCAAUUUCUUUCUUUGCUAUUCCCGGCUGUGAUCAAUUUUUCUUAUUCAAAAGUUGGAAGUGCCUUAUUAUUUCCAAUUGAUUAUAUACUAAAAAAAAACUAUAUAAAGCUAUAUAUCUGUAAUUCGAUCUGCUAUAUCGAUAUAUAUAUAUAUAUAUAUAUAUAGUAAUUAGUACAAAUCUGGUGCCACCAGUGGGAUCCAAAUCCACGCUCUCCAAAAGACUAGUUCACCUGCAACUACGUAGAACUAGUCCUGGGGGAACGCGGCUGCUCUUGUCAAAAUCAGUCGAGGCUUGGUCAUCAGGGCCACAUGGACGUAAGUAAAACCGUAUGAAGAUUGAUGGCAUUCUAUUUCCCGGACAAGAAUAUAUGAAACACAGUACUUCAGGACGAGAAGAAGCCCACUUGUACGGGCCUGUUACCGCGUACCUGCGCAAGGCACCUUCAAAGCUGUGCCAACAAUCAGCUGGCUUUGGAGA